AUGGAUCGUUCAUCAGAUAAGCUGCCACCAACCAUUCAUAACGUCGUGGUCACGGCCAUGGCUUCCUCCUUCUCCAGACGCUUCCUAUGCCUCCUUCUCCUCCUGGCCGUCUGCCUCCAUGGCUCCCCCGCCACGUCCCGCCCGGCCACCGAGGGCACUGACCCGAUGACGCUGUGGAUGAUGGAGCAGCGAUUCCGGCGAUGGAAGGCGGAGCACAACCGGACCUACGCCACCCCGGAGGAAGAACGCCACCGGCUCCGCGUCUACGCCCGCAACGUGCGCUACAUCGAGGCCACCAACGACGACGCCGGCGCCGGGCUCACCUACGAGCUCGGCGAGACCGCCUACACCGACCUCACCAGCGACGAGUUCAUGGCCAUGUACACGUCGCGGGCGCCGCCCCUCUCCAACGACGACGACGAAGCGCCGAUGAUGAUGAUCACCACCCGCGCCGGCCCGGUCGACGCCGGUGGCCGCCGGCAGCAGGUGUACGUGAACGAGUCGGCCGGGGCGCCGGCGAGCGUUGACUGGCGAGAGAGAGGCGCCGUCACGGCGGUGAAGAACCAAGGGCAGUGCGGAUCAUGUUGGGCAUUCUCCACUGUAGCAGUGGUCGAAGGAAUCCACCAAAUCCAGACCGGGAAACUUGCCUCACUCUCAGAGCAAGAACUGGUGGACUGUGAUAAGUUGGACCAUGGUUGCAACGGCGGAGUGAGCUAUCGUGCGCUGCAGUGGAUCACUUCGAACGGCGGCAUCACCUCCGAGGACAACUAUCCAUAUACGGCAAAGGACGACACUUGUGACACCACAAAGCUUUCACACCAUGUUGCUUCCAUCUCAGGCUUCCAACGUGUGGCAACAAGGAGCGAGCUAUCAUUGACAAACGCGGUGGCCAUGCAGCCUGUGGCGGUGUCGAUCGAGGCUGGUGGGGCCAACUUCCAGCACUACAGGAAUGGUGUGUACAAUGGCCCAUGCGGGACACGGCUGAACCACGGCGUCACAGUGGUCGGGUAUGGGGAGGAUGAGGUGACUGGGGAGAGUUACUGGAUCGUGAAGAACUCGUGGGGUGAGAAGUGGGGCGAUAGUGGGUACCUCAGAAUGAAGAAGGACAUCAUAGACAAGCCCGAGGGGAUCUGCGGCAUCGCCAUUCGGCCAUCUUUCCCGUUCAUGUGA